AUGAUUAGAUUUUUUAAAAAUCAAUUUUAUAAAUUAAAUAAUAAAAAUAAUAAUAAUAAUAAUAAUAAUAAUAAUCAAUCAAAUAUAUUUCAAUUUUCAAAUUGUUCAACAAUUAUUGAUUUAAAUAAUAUUAAUAAUUCAAAUAUAGUUUUUUGUACAUCAACCGAUGCAACAAAUGAUUUAAUUAGAAAUUUAGAUAUUAAAUGGGUAAUCGUUGAUAAUUCACAUCAAGAGGUAGAACCAAAAACUUUAUGUGCUUUAAAUUUAGCUGAUCAUGUAAUACUUUUUGGUGAUAGUGUUAGUGAUAUUUCAGUUGGUCCAAUCAGUGUUAAAUCAAAAAAGUUUAGAAAUUUAAUGAAAAUUAAUCUCUCCAAAAGAUUAUCAAAUUAUAUUAGACCAUUUACUUUAACUUCAAAUUAUAUACCAUCAAUCUUUUCAAAUUUAUUAUCUUUAGAUAAAAUUAAUUUUCAAGAUUUAUCAUUUUUUAAUUUUUAUAAAGAAAAACCAAUAUUUUCAUUUUUUAAUUUAGAAUCAAUUGAAAGUUUAGAAAUUAUGGAUAAUGAAAAUUUAGAUGACAAAGAAAUGAUUCAAAAGUUUACAAAUAUUAAAGAAUGCGAGUUUGUUUGUAAAUUAGUUAGAUUUUUAUUAAAAACUUUAAAAUUGGACCCAUUAGAGAUUGUAAUCGUUUCUCCAUUUGAAGCUCAAAGAAAUUUAAUCAAAAAGAAUAUUUUAGAUUUACCCUUUAUCAAUGUUUUACCAAUUGAAAUGGCUCAAUAUUAUCAUUUUAGUUAUUUAAUAGUGUCAUUAGUUAGAACAAAAGGUGAUAAUUCAAAGAGUUAUUGGUGUGAAUCUGAUCAAAGAACUAUUAAAAAAUUAGUUUUAAUACCAAGAAUAGGAUUAUUUUUCAUAGGAUAUGCAAAUUAUUUCCAAAAAAGAGAAAGAUGGAGUCUUUUAAUUAAUCAUACAAAAAGUUUAGAUUCUUUAACAAAUAUUUUAGAUUCAAAUAUUUCUUUGUUUAAUUUUUACCAACAUGAAUUAAAAACUCAUAAUACUAUUAAAAUUGAAUAA